AUGUGCCAAAAUGUAGCAUUUAAGGAGUCCAUACGACAUUAUUAUCGCGAGAAACGAGGUGUACGUACAGCAACAAAGACCUUGGUACUUGUGGUUGGAUGUUACCUUCUGUCCAAUCACGUUUCGAUACUUCUUGGCUUCUGGGAAUAUCUGGCUCCAAGCGAAAUCAAGAACUACUAUUAUGAAUAUCUCAUUGUGUCGGAUGUAGCGUCAUUGCUGACAGUGUUUGGUUGUUUGAUGCGACUGCCGAUUUAUUGUGUUUCGGAUAUUCGAAUAAGGAAAGCGAUUGGUCGAGCACUGUUCCGCUGUCGAGUGCGCACAAUCCCCACUGAGGUCCGUCAAAAUCAAUUGGAUAAGUGGAGUAUUGUGGUGGUGUCAAACAGCCUAAGGAGCAAUCUCACAGGAAUGAAUAAUCUGUUCGCUAGCCAGGAAUGGCUCCCUGGAAGAAGCAAAAGAGCAAGAGAUGAGCUAGCGCUUUUACUUCAAAAUCGCCGUAAAAUACUCGUGGACAUGGCGUUCCGGCUAGCUGCGGAAAAUAAAGAGGAG